CCCGCUCAUGUGGUAGACAUGUGUCGUGUAGAACACGUUGUAGCUAGCUUGCUCCCAAAGCGUCACCUUUUUUGCGCGCGCCGUCACAAGAGCUUCUUUGUCUCUAUUGGUUAAUAAGGCAGUGUACGUACAGCCUCAUUGAGUCUCGGGUUAUAGUACAGCGAGCCAGCGCCUGUUAGGAGUAAAGGAGGUUGUGCAUCACUGUGUCCGGACCCCGACCCACGGUACGGGUUUAUGGGAAAUACAGACAGCAUCCCAUUUAGUGUCACCCCCAAACACCACUGGAGAUCAUCGCUAGAUCAAUGAAAAAUAUGAAAAGAAGACCUUCGACGGAACUGUCCUUAGAACUGGGCUGGUGGGAGGCCGACAAGUUCAUUCUCGAACCACACUGCCUUGAUUUACUGAAGGCCAUCGAGGAGGAACUAGCCUAUGAAGAUCCCAUGCAGCACAAGACAAGGAAGCUUAUCUCUACUUCGGAGGCUAUCCAAAAGAACAUCUUGCCCGUGCUCAUCCACUCGCACGAAAGUCCCAACAUAUUCCGAGCUGUGCUUCGGGUGCUGUUGCGACUGACUACACCAGUGGAGUGCUUGAUCCCCAUAGACCUGGCGCUUCAGAGUGCGGAGAACCACGCAGCCAUCGGAGAAUUGCACAAACUGCUCUUGGCCACCAAACAGGCCUUCUUGGAUGUUCGAUCCACCGACGCCCUCGUCAAGCUGCUCAAGUCAAAGAUGAAGCAGGUGCGACUAGUGGACAAACUUGGAAGCUUGCUGACGGCGGCUAAAUCUAUCUCGAAACGGAACUUCCCAUCCGUCAAACGCUUCCUUCAGACCCUAACCAUCUGCCCUGCGCACGCGGACCAGGAAAAGAAGCAAAUGAGCGUAGAUGACCUGGAGGGACUCAGCAAUUCCCUGGUUCUCAUGCGAAACCUGUUGCAUGUUCCGGACAAAGCAGAGGCCGUUAAAUUUGGCAUCACCGAAGAGAUGUACGAGGACUGGCUGAACGUCCACAACAAGCUCAUCUGGAACCUUUUCGUUCACGGAUUGGAUGGAGUACUGAUACUCAUGCUGAACAGCGAAUACAAGGUGAACUGGGCUGUCGUGGUGGUACAGAUUAUAGCGCUGCUCUACAAAGACCAGGACGUGGGCAAUUUGCAGCACCUCAUUUCAAACUCCACCUCUACGUCAGAAAGUUCGGAAGACGACAUCGAGAGCAACACUUCCAAACAUUCGAUUCACCACACCAGCAGCAACGACUCCGUACAACAGCAUCCAACUCUCGCCAACAAAUUUUCUACCGCUAACAUCGGUGGUUCCGUGCCGGAGCACAGCAUUCCUCAGAGCAUGGCCGACUCUGGGUACUCUCAGUCAGACUUUACCAGCUCCUCCAACAACAGCCGUUCCUUCUCGCCACGAGACAAGAUGGAACUGUCUAAGGAUCCUUCGACGUCGAGCGGCAGGGCGAGCGCGGACAACAUGACAUCUUCGUCUAACGAUGACAAUUCCGACGAGGACAACACGCAAGUCAAAGAACACGUUAAAGACCAUCACCACAAGGCGUCCUCUAAGCACCGAGCCAUGCAUUCAGCUGACAGUCCUUCAGGAAGCGACUCGUCAAAUGAAGACGACAUGCUGGCACGGUCAAAGCAACGCAGCCUCGUUGCCAUGUCUCGAAAGAGCAAGAGUGGGCUCAAAGGAGGCAAGUGCACGCCAUCGGUGUGCCUUGAAGCAGCAGUCGUCGCUCUCGAAUCUCGAUCCGCUCUACGGGAUCCUGUCUGGGACCGUAAGAAGACGUUGGUUCUUCUAGACUCUUCUGCACACGUCCCAUCGAACGAAGACAUAAGCAACAUCUUGCAGAGCUUCACUGUCAGUUUCUUGCACAGCGGAUAUAGUUCAUUGGUCAUGGAGCUUAUGAAGGUCAACCAGGAGAAAGGUGCCAGUCUCAUCGAUCGAUGUCACUUCCUCUGGCUCGUCGGUUACUUCACGGGUCUUGCCACAGCUGUGGGUCUCUCCUUUCAUCACAUCAAGCCUGUCCUCUCCGUUGAAGUUGUAGGCCUACUCGUCUUUGAAGCAAUCUCCGUCUGCAACGAGUUGGACCUCAAAGAGGAAGAGCAGUGCGCUGAGAAAUCGAAGCUUCUCAAGAAACGGUAUCAUCUUGUUGUCCGAGCUUUUCGAGAGUUCAUCACAGCGAUCGGCACCUACAACAGUCGCUGCAAAGGCGUUGGCGAAGAAAUGCGCAAACUCUGUGUGUCUCUGGCGAGACUAGAGGACCUGCGCAAUAUUCCACUCCUGCUGAUACGCAAGUGGGCUACCAUGCCUAGCCACGUUCUUGUGGACCUCAUCAUUACAAACCACCUUCUUCUGCUCAUCCUUGAGUACGCCCAAAACACCGAAGACCUUGACAUCGACAUUCUUAGCCACCUGUCACAGUUUGCAACAACAGAAGUAAUGGAGAAGUAUGGGGAAGUGCUCAAGGACUUUAGAACAAACAGUACUCUGGUGAACGACUGUGUAUUCACGAUGAUGCACCACGUGGCGGGGGACCUGAAACGUCCUGAGGCACUCUUUCACCCCAGCAUACUCUCCUGCUUCGUCAACAUCCUCAAUGAGGGCGCUGAAAUUCCUGAGCUCUACGAGGACCUCGUUGGCUAUGUGAUGAACCGUUACUUAAAGCUAGCGGGUAAGAACCCGGAGCUUUACGGCGAGCGUCUCCCUGGCAUGCAGAGGGGUGCAGGUUCCGCUUCUAGCACGCAGCCCUUUGUGCAUCCGUUUUACUAUGACGAGGAGAGCAGCGACAGCAGCGAAUCUGACUUAGACGAGACGGACCUGGACAAUCCUCUGUACUGGUGCUUCCUUCAGUUCGAAUACGACAGUGACCCUGUGGGGCAGAUAGUGGAACACCUCAAGAGGAACGAAGUGCGCUGCACGAGACGUGAGAUACUGGAUCAGCUGAAGUACAAGCGGGUGAUUUCGAUAACGCAGUGUGACAAGUUGGAAGAGAAAGAGAAGCAGUUUCUCGAGAACAGCGAAAAGACGAGGGACCAACCAGAAGAGAAGGAAGGCAGCGAAACCUCGUCAGAAAUCACCGAUUUGGUGUUGAAACUCAAGGGACUUGGAUAUGAAUCUCAGCUUCAGUGGUUGCAGAAGAAACUCCUUGAAGUCUGCUAUGUUAAACUGAAGAGAAGCACAACGAUGGCAGACGCGGAACCAGUUGCACUCCAUUACACUUUACUUGGUCAGAGCGUACCUAUCGUGGCCUUCAGCGAACUUCAAUCGCUCGCCCUACGGAACGCGGACUUCUUCCAGCUUCUGCAAAAGCUCGGUCUCCACUUCCCAGUACCAGGACAAUGCCCCUACAUUCCUUGUUCCUGGGAGGCGGACAAGCUGUAUGCCACGGCUAGGAAACUCGGUCCACUUUCAAUGUGGCACCUGAAAUUCAACUCCGAAGACCUGGACAAUUCCCUGAAUAGCGAAGCAUCUUGAUAGGACAGUGCCUCGACUAUAUCGGCCAUUUUACCUGCCAUUUUCUUGCAUGCCAGGAUUAUAACAGUGGAGUACUUGCAUGUUUGAGACAUAUUGUGAUUUGGAAAAGAGCUACGUAAAUUCUGUACACAAAUCAAACGCGUGAUUCACACAUAAUGUUGAGCAAAAGUUCUGGAUUUCGGCAAUCGAAUGAUGAAGUCACUGAGAAUGAAUGCGAAAUGUGGCGUCCUUCGGAACCUUGCGGGGCGUAUGUAUACAUUGCCGAGGGACGCACGCAGCCCAAGCGAUCGAUGAUAUGUAGUACAAAGAUUGUGCUCCGAUUUGACCUUCUGUAAUGUGCCAGUUUUUUUUUUUUUUUUUUUUCAGCACUGGCAUAGAAGAGUACAAAUAGCUGUGUACCUAUGCUCAUUGUACUGAGAUAACCUCUUUUGGGGCUCUUUGAAAGCUAUGCUACAUGCACAUGAAAGGGAAGGUGGCUAUACAACCAUACUUCGAGACAGGUCGGCUCCUGCAGGUCAACCCCGCCCAGCAAUCUUAAGACGACUGUGAUUGGCUUUUGCUGGCGCGUAGCGUCUCCGAGUCGCAAAGUAGUGCGCCAAACCGUUGCUUCCACACUGAUCACGUUAUCACGUUGCGAAAACACCCGUGCUUUGAAAGCAAACAUGCAAAAUAUUCGCUCUAUCAAAACGUGUGAAUCGGCUUCUUCGUCUGUUCGGCGUCCGCCACUUUCUCGUGGCGGAGGCUACAUUCUCCGCUGGCGGAGGUAUACCUGUGUGCUCUGCAGCUCUAGAGUUGUCUCGGAGUAUAGUUCCCGUUAUAUGCAGACAACCUUCCUUGUAAAUGCGGCACCAUUUCUACAAUUUCUAUACACAAGCAGUUGCUUCUGACACAUUGCAUAACGUUGAAAUGUAACGAGAUAUUUACGUGGCUCAUGACUGUGUAUCUGAUUUGUUUACUUCACUGCAAUGUUUACGUCUUCUCAUACUGUACAUUCCCUGUGCUUCUUUGCUCGGUGAAGCCAACAUGGCCACCAGACGUUUGUGAGUUCAGCUAUUCGUGUUGGCGAAGCAGCACCGUGUUGUGUCUGCUUAAGACUAUCUCUCCUGAAGCUAACUAUCGAAUAGAGAGGUUUGCUUCGAAGUCCAUUUCGAUGUAUUUGUUUUUGUGACUGUUUCUCAUGAAGUAGACAUGCGCGAAUAAAU